GAAGAGAGGGAUAAUUGGGAGGAGGCGGAGAAGACCACUUCUUCUCUUUUACACUACUCCUUGCCUUCUUCAUUCCGCAGCAGCCGCAGGUGGUAUGUCUGCUAUCAUCGCGCACGCUCUCGUUUUGUUCACAGAGCGUGUAGAAGUGACGAUUCUUGAUCGCCUGGAGCAGGAGGAGCAGGAGGAGCAGGCGGAGGGUGGGGAGCAGGACCAGCAGAGGCGAGCAGGCGGAAGAAAGCCAGAGUACCGUCGAUCGCACGUAGGGUCAGCUGUUGUGUCAGCUGAGCUACAAGCUGCCGAAUGGAAACGUCUCGGCCUGGGAAGACACAGAAAUCCUAAGAUCUACGUGCGUCCUGCGCUCGCGGGGGGCAUCCUGACUGAUGCACAGCCGCUGGAUAUGGCAAGACGCUAG